CUACAACGACGACGGUGACGACGAAGAAGACGAGGAGGACGACGACGACGACGACGACGACGACGACGACGAUUCGUCCGUGAUAACGGCAGACAUUGUCGCGAUUUCGAUGCGCGAUGGAGUCCAUAAGAAAGUGGUUUUACAGGCCUAAGAGAGACGAUACCAGUUUAUUGGCUCAGUUCUUUUACGCCGAUGAAUCCCUAAACGCAAUUGCCUGUGAGCUGGAUUCUUUCGAUGGACGUCAGGAGCCGGAAAGAUGUACCACUUUGGUGAAUCAGCUGCGACAUUGUCAGGACAAGGUCUUGACGAUAUGUAAUCAGAUUAUGGACGAUCUGAUACCAGACAGUAGAGCUAAUCGGGACUUUAGAGUAAAAUUCCCGGAUGACGUGAUGCAGGAAAAUCUAGCUGGGCAACUGUGGUUCGGUGCUGAAUGUUUGGCUGCUGGAUCGUCUAUCAUGAACAGAGAAUCUGAGAGCUCUGCUAUGAGGCCGUUAGCAACGGCACUCACGAAAUCGUUGGAGAUCGUGAGAAAUUUGCUUAGAGAGCAUGCGUUGAAAGGCCACAUGAAUUUAAAGUAUCUUUCUCAAACUCAAAAUCCUUUGGAACCAUCUUUAGAGAAGCUGAUCGAAUCGUUAAAGAUUUUCGAUCGGCUCUUCGCUGACUUUGAGCUUUGUUACGUUGGCGCUAUGGUACCGGUCAAGUCCACGAAGGAAUACGAGCAGCAGGAGCUCGUUUGCGUUUUAUUUUCCGAGACUUUGCAAAGAGCCCUCGAACGAGGUUUGCUGAGUCAAGCAGACGUGGAUAAUUACGAACCUGCUUUGAUGUUCACUAUACCACGUUUGGCCAUUGUAUCCGGCUUGUUGGCCCCACCUGGAGGUCCCUUGUGCCUGAAUUCUCCUGAUACUAUCAGCGAAAUGUUCAGGCCAUUCAGGACUCUUCUCUUGAAGAUAAGAGAACUACUUUGGACUCUGAACAAUCGUGAACUUUAUAUGCUGGAGAAGUUAUUGUGCUCGAACGAAGAACCCUCGGGUCCUAUCAGCCAGUCGACAAAAUCCACGUGUCAGGACUUACCCGAUCUCGAGGAAUUCGUUCACAAUUUUUAUACCGGUUAUCCUAAUUGUAAAGACUUCAUUGUAGAUUUCUAUACCGUAACGAGAAACACGGGGAAUAAUAUGGACGAGGUGGCGAACGACGCGGUCCAAGCGUUGGACGACGAGAACAAAGAAAGAUCGGCGGAAAGGAGAUCGAAGAAGGAUCGCGAGAGGAAUCAGAGAGAGACGAGAAGUAACGAGGAAAAUGGGCCCAAGGACUUAAAUAACAUAUCCAUAGAAGGAUGUGAUAACGUUGUAGUUCGUAACGAUAAUAACGCGAAGGUACAGGAUAGUAGUGAGAGGGAGAGUGUUCGAGAAGAUGUGCGUUGUGACAUAGUACAAAGUAAUAGUUCGAAAGAGAAAAAGCAACAGGCGUGUAAUCGCGAUUCUUGUCCCGUAAAGCAGGUAUCGAGCGAGAACGGUAAUAAAGAAGAAAUUCAGAAUGUCAGGGAGGAAGGUGUAGUAGUAGUCGAGGACGGUAUUUUUAGUACCGUGGAAAGUACGAGCGAGAUCAAUAGGCAGGAGGAAAACUUCCUCACUCCUGACAUUUCUCAAAUGCUCGCUGACUCGGAAAACGUAGAGAUUCUUCAAAGUCAGUACCUACUCAAUCAGGUCUCUCACGAGAACAAUGUAACGGGUGAAAGCGUGCAUAUUCAAAAUUCUCUGCCGGAUCUGGACUCGAAGAAACUCAUCUCCGAGGCAAACAAGACUCUCUCGAAUCUUUUGUUGGACGGUGAAUGUCAGAACGAGAUCUCCGAGCAAACGGAUUCGGGAAUAUGCACGGUCAUAUCCUCGGAGAACACGAGCUUGUACGAUAAAAGUCCCGAGGAGAAGAAAACUUUCGCCAAUGAGAUUCAGGACGACGAGCGUGCUUUAGAAGACGACACGCAGGAGAACAACAGCUACUCCUGCUCGAACAUAAGCUCGCCGAAAAGAAAGAAUUCGAACAUGUCCGAAAGUUCUUGCGUGUGCGGUAUAAGAGCUUCGAAAACCAUCGCGCCUUUGGAUCAUCCGAUAGACGUGACUCCUUUGAGUUCGGGAAACAACGACUCUAGUAAAAACAUUCCAAGGAUUUCGUCAAAUUUCGAUGGCACCAACGAGGAGUUCGUUGGUUUGGCUUAUGGUAAUGGGCACCUGCCGCUCUGCGACUCCAAUCAGACCAGCUUUCAAUUGAAUUAUUCCGAAAAUUGGGAGAAUCUCAAUUUGAAUAUAGACGCGUCGACCUCGAGGAAGGAAUUCUGGAGCGAUCUCAAGUGCGAGAACUGCCCGUCUACGUCACAGAAUAUCGAAAAAAUAGGAAAUAAGAUAGAGAGAUACGCGCAGGAAAAGGUCGUUGCUAGGAAAGUCCGAGAGGACAAUAAGCAAAGACGACGUCAUCAGCGGAAGCACGACAAAGGCCUUCACAAAUGUCAGCAGGUUACGAGAAGUAAUCACUGUGUUCAGUCGACCCCGAGCACUGAAAGUUCAAGGUCAAACUCGAUAGACAGGUGUUUGAAUCCACGAUUGACCAACUUCGGUGCGAGCUUGCAUCCGAGCCAAAACACAAGACAGAUGCCAAACUUCGGUAGUCACAGCCCGCACGCGAGUCCAAGGCUUCAACAUUUCGAGUCGCGUGACAGCUCGAGACAACGAAAUUAUAACUUAUCGAAGUCGACGAGAAAUUGUUCGCCACAGAGUAGAAAGCUUUUGGAUCACAGAAGAUCUAGGUCCGAGCAGAUAGCUCGCAUGAAGCGAAAGGACUUUGAGAAACGUGACAGGUAUGAAAGACUGAGUUAUCGAUCCGAACAAACCAAGAGGAAACUUGGAAAUAGGAGUCCUAACGACCUGUUGAACGACGGUUUAGGGCCUAGAACGGACAAGAGCGGUCUGGUGACGGAAACGAUAUCUCCUGUUACGUCACCAAAUACAUGUUAUAGGCUCGAGAAUACAAGAGACAAUAAUUUACAAAGGCCUCCACGUACCACGAGACUGGUGAAUCCUUCAGCGGUCACAGGAACGCAAUCUUUCAAUUCGGAACAGUCGCAGAAAACAACAGAGGCCGUUGGUUCGAGUUCUAGUUGUUCAAGUUGUUGCGACUCCAGUUCGGAAACUAGCGAGUUUCAAAGCGAUUGUCAGGACGACGAGGAGAUAGCUUUAGCGAUGCAGGCUGCUGAGAUCGCGAAUAGAAAUCAGAUUAGAGCGAAAUUUAGGUCCUCGGAAGAUCUCGUCCAUCGCUUGUUCGUCUGUAUAGCCGGCGUAGCCGAUCAACUACAAACAAACUUUGCUUCGGACCUUCGGAAUAUCCUGAAGUGCGUCUUUCUUAUGAAUAGUAGUCAAACGGUAGAGGACGAAGAGCCAAAGCAAGAAUGUUUGGUGUCGGCCAGUAGUCAGCCAGCUGUCGUUACGAAUCACACGUUAGGCACGAGUAGCAAUCACGAUCGGCAGAACUCGUUGCAGGAGUACGAGGACGAAGAGGAGAACGCUCCUGCGAACGAACAAACUUCCCCGGCAAUGGAACGCGGUGAGGAAUGCGUCGAAAGAGCACCUGCGUGGGUGCCAGACAACGAUGCACCUAGGUGCAUGGCUUGUCAAGCAGGAUUUACUGUCGUACGGCGUAGACAUCAUUGUAGAAACUGUGGUAAAGUGUUUUGCGGUCGUUGUAGCAGCAACAAUGUUCCUUUACCACGUUACGGGCAUACCAAGCCUGUCAGAGUCUGCAAUAGAUGUUUCCUUUACCAGGUGACGCCGUUUACCGUUUCUCAAGUCACACCCACCAGUUGAAUAGAUUACAUCUCUAACGAUUUUCGAAUUUAAUUAUCGAUCGUAAUAAAUUUUACGCUUUUCUUAUAGGACACGACAAACGUAUUUCAAAACGACAAAUUAUUGCUUCUUCGUUUGUUCUUUUUAUUUUCAACUUUUACUGGGAACAGUUUAUAUAUUUUUGUUUGUUUGUUUGUCUGUUUGUUUCUUUCUUUCUUCUUCUUCUUCUUCUUCUUCUUUUUUUACUUUUUAUUUUUUACCGUGUCAACGACGUGUUCCGCGAACGUUCAUGUCAAACGUGUUAAUGAGUCUGGUAAUUUCGUGUCUCCGAUCUUUGAGAUUAAUCGACGGUUUUAAGAAUAACAUUCUAUGAAAAAUGUUUGCUUCUCUACGUACAUAUGUCGAUCGAUCGAAGUCGGAGAACUGAGUUAUUACUAGAUAUGCUAUUAACGUAUAUAUGCUCAAAUCGUACACUCGAUAAUGGCGCAAAUUCCAUUAAUACCUCUCAUUAAUAAUAGUAAGAAUAUAUAAUAAUAAUAAUCGCCUUUAUAUCUUUCAAUCGACCUGCCGUAAUAACUUCUAUGACCCAGAGCCGCAAAUAGAAUCGUUUCAGUGUAAUCUCAGUUGCACGUAAAAUGAUAGUCUUAUAUUUGCGUAUAAUUUUGAUUAAAAAAUAAAAAAAAAAAGAAUAAAAAAAAAUUAAAAAAAAGGAUAAAGAAAAAAACAAGAAAAAAAGAAAAGAGGAGAGGAAAAAAAGAAAGGAGAAAUAGGAAAAGAAUUGUUACUAUAUAUUCUAUUUUUUUUUCUUUUUUUUUUUUUUUUUUUUGUACAGCAACAUAUAAUCGUUUUAUUACUUAUUUUUGUUUUUAUUUUUUCGUAGAAUUUUAUUAUCACUUAUAAAGAUGUUUUUAUUUGUUAUAGAAUGUAGGAAAUGGGGCUGAAACGCGUUUUAUACAAAUUUUCUUAUAUUUUUCCUUAUACAACAAAUUUAUCAAUAUAUGUAAAAAAAAAAAAAAAACAAAUUGUGUAUAUUUCAUAACGUGAAAAUAUGCAGUGUGUAGUGAAACACAACGUGUUCCUGCAUUCUAUCGCCUGCUUCGUUUUAUUUUUUCAAGAUAUCUUUUUAAUUACAAGAGGAACCAUUUUGUUAUUUGCUUUUAUCAAAAACAUUGGAACUUAUGCAACCACUAAAAUCUAAGCUAAGUGAUGUAUCUUCGAGUACGACCUUUGGCAAGUUCGAGGAAAGAAAAGAGAAUCGAUGGACGUUUAAAAAGCACGUUGUUGCCCGACGAUAAACCUAUAACCGAGUUCAAUUUUCUAACGAUUGAACUCACCACGGAUUUUACUCGUGCGAUUAUCUUAUUUCGAUAGCGAAAACGAUCGAUCGACCGUAUGUGAAAUAUCAAAAUGUAACUCGAACGCGUUAUUGUAUAGAGAACUUCUUUUUCUUUUUUUUUGUUUUGUUAACGUAUAAAAAGAAAACAAAACGAUAUAUGAUAAAAAAAAACACACACAUACACGCAUAGGUAUGUGUACACACGCUCUUUAAUAUCUCAUUUCAAUUAAGUCAAGAUCAAAUGGGAUACACGUUUAUAUAAACUUUUUUUUCAUUAUUUUGGUGCAUCCUGUCUCGUCCGCGCUAUAAAGUGCGUCCCAUAUGUUACAAAAUACCCUGUAUAUUUUAUUAUAGCUACUCGUUCAUUUUCUACUGGAAAAAGAGAGAGAGAGAGAGAGAGAACGUAUGCGUGUACAUAUGGAAAAUAUUUCAGGAACGGAAAGAGAGAGAUGCUUAUACGCAUAUACAUAUAUAUAUAUACAUAUAUAUUUAUCUAAUAUUAUACACGUGUGCGUGCGUGUAUAUAUAUAUACAUACAUAUAUAUAUGUGUGUGUGUAUGUAUGUAUGUAUAAUAUUAGAUAAGAAAAAAGAAAAGCAAGGAGGAUGAUGCGAAUUUUGAAUUCAAUGCUUAUGUACGAAUGGCACACGCGUAUUGAUCGUGCUACGAAAUUAGGUGGAAACGCUAUACGCAGAAACGUGUAUUUGAAAGUUAUAUACAUACACAACUGCGGCAUAUCCUGCGGCAUUUGGCAAAAUGGAAAAAAAAGAAAUUAAAAAAAGAAAAAAAGGAACUAAAAACGAGAAAUAAAAAAAAAACAAAUUAGAAGAAAUUCGAUUAGAAAAUGUGUAUCAUCGGCACAUCUUUGCGUCGUUUGUGUGCCAAACAUUUGCGGUGACAAUAAGUUUCGUUCUCCUUGCAUCACUUUUCUAAUGAUUCUAUAUACAGAAAAGAGACUUUUUUUUUUUAUAGUUGAGUGACUCAUAAAAAAUAGUUUUUGGGAAAACUCAUGUGGAACGUGUGUCAUCAUCAUACUUGUUUGAUGCAACGAAUCCUAAUCAGAAUGUAUAACAGGCCGAUGCAAUUCGUUUGUGUAUAUGUGUUAACGUGGAUUAUUAAGACCGUUCGAAAUAUAAAGGUUCAUUUAUAUAUUUAUGUGCAUACGUUUAGUACGAUUAAUAAGGCACGAACGUUCAUUGUAGUCCAUGUAAAUACGAGAUAAUCUACCAUUUCUUUUUUUUUUUCCUUUCUUUUUUUAUUUUUUUGUUGAAUCGAACAAAAAAGGAACGGCAUACACAUACACACAGACAAAUCGAAAUUUUUAAUGUUUCAACAAAAAAGAAAUUUUAAAAGAAAAUAUUUCUUUAUUUAUAAAAUUCUCGUGCGUGUGUACAUGCGUACGAUUCGUAGAACAUUGUAAUCACAGUGUUACGUAUCCAGUCUUAUCAGAAAUCUCCUUAUCGAUAGAACUUUGAAGGAGAACUUUUCGUUAUUUUUUUUUUUUAUUUUGUAAUCGUAAGAUUUUCCCAUUUUUUUAUUAGAAUUUAUAUAUAUAUAUAUAUAUAUAUAUAUAUAUAUAUAUAUAAAGUAUUUUACGAUUUAGAAGAUGUAUCACAUCGUUAUUCAUCAUUAUUAGUAUUAUUACUGCCAUGAUGGAUUAUUAAGGAAAUUUAAAAUAAUAUAGGCAUACACAAAGAUUUUUCUUCUAAUAACGUACUUUCUUUCGCUCUUGAUCGAUUACUUUCUUGUUAGACGAUAAAAUAUAAUAAAAUAUAACGACGUUUUUAAUAAUACAAUUAAAAACGUGAUGCGACGAGGCAUGUUAUAUAAUCUAUAUAUAUAUAUAAUCUCUAUAUAUAUAUAUAUACAUAUAUGUAUAUAACAUGACAGGCGCGCGUUACACGCAAUUGUUAAGUAAAUUAAAUGAGGAGUUAUAUUGAAUUGAUAAACUCCUUUACGAAUUUCGUCGUCGUAAAUGCGUAUCGAUAACGAACAAAAUAUAUCGUAAUCGAUAAUAUGCAAAGUUUGACAAUUUUUUGGGGUAAAAGUAAUAAGAAAUAGAAAGAUCGUGUACGUUUUCCUUGUUAGCGAUUAUUAUAUUCUUAUACUCGUUGUGUAAUUGCUUUUAAAAUGGCCAUGCACUCGACUGUCGGUGACUGGCAGUAUUUUUAGAUUAAAUGGACAAAGGACUAAGAUGAAGAAUAAAAAUAAGAAUAAGAAGAAAAAAAGGAGGAAAGAAGAGGAAAGGAAAUAGAAAAAAAAGGAAACGAAUAACACAGCAGUUCACUGUCAAUAAUAAAAUUCUAAUUACGCUGGCAUGUUUAGGGCCUAUUAGGGGCAGAAAGAGAGAGAGAGAGAGAGAGAGAGAGAGAGAGAGAGAGAGGGAUACGAUUAAAUGAUUAUACAUCUACCAUAUACAUGUACAUAUACAUAUAUAUGUAUGUAUAUGUAUAUACGUAUGGUGUGUGUAUGUAUAUAUAUAUACCAUGUAGGAGAUUUUUCAGAAGGCUGAUAUUAUUCCUCGUUUAUAUUUUUUAGCUCCAGCAUUCCGAUUUUUACGUGAAUUUUUUCACUCCGCGUAUAUGGAUAACAACAUCCUCGAGAACCAAUCAAAAUCUCAGUGUUCAUCCGUUAGACACGAUUUGGCCCUUCCGCAUUUGCAAAAGAAAGAAAAAAGAAAUCAAGGGAGAAAUAUAGAUAUAUAUAGAUAUAUAAUUAGCGUUCUCUUUUAAUUCUAUUGUCUCGUGAGUAAUGAUUUUGAGAGCUGAGAAAAAUAAAAACUAACAGGACCAAGUUCCUCGUUGAAAUUCAAUCUGCAGGAUUAUUGUGAAGUCCGAGAAGGAUUAUUUUUUUGUAUCAUUAUUGUAAAUAAUAUGCAAAUAUUUUAAUCUCCGUGAUAUCGUUACUAAUCGUAUAUACUGUACAUCCAUAUUUUAAUUUUUUUAUUCUUUUAUUAAAAAGGAUUCCUUUUUUUUUUUUUUUUAGUUUUUUUUCCUCUAUUUUAUUCUCUUUUAUUUCUAUUUAAUUUUCUUCACUUUUUCUACAUUUUUAAUAUUUUUUAUUUCGUCAAUCUUUUGUAAGUCCAAAGGAAUUUCUUCGUUUUAAUUUUUUUUUUUUUUAAUUAAAAUAAUUCUUUUUUAUUCUUGUAUUCUUUUUUCUUUUUUUUUUUUUUUUCUUAGCUCAGACGAAUCUCUAAUUUAUUGCGAGAUAGGAGUCGACAGAGAAUUUUGGUAGACGAAGAGAAAAGUAAAGAAAAUAAAAAAAAAGAGAAACACAUUUUUCAUCUUCUAAUAAGUAUCAACGAAGAAGAAGAAAAUUAUUCUCGAGCCUGUUAGCGUCUAAUCUAUCUAUAUAUCCGCUGUCCGAUGUGUGUGUGUAUAUAUAUAAAUAUAUAUAUAUAUAUAUAUAUAUAUAUAUAUAUAUAUAUAUAUAUAUAAUUUUGAUUAGACACGAAGAACUUUGUCAAAUUAUUUGAUGGACGUAGCGGAUUAUCAAGUUAUCGUCUAAAGAAAAAUGCAUAUAGCGAGAUAAUACAGACAAAAAAAGACGAUGUUUCUCUCAUUCUCUAAACGUGUUGACAAAAUGAAAAAUAAACAAAAAAAAACAAAAUAAUAAUAAUAAUAAUAAUAAUAAUAAUAAUAAUAAUAAUAAUAAUAAUAAUAAUAAUAAUAAAUACUUGAGACGCGCAAUGAAACGCGAUUGCUUCUAAUUAAACAUUAGAUAUCGUACGUAGGUGAAAGAGAAAGAAAGAGAAAAACUGAGGAUAUAAAUUAUAUUUAGAGGCAAAAAGAAGAAGAAGAAGAAGCAGAAGAAGAAAAAGAAGAAAAUAAAAAGAGAAGAAAGAGCGUGGCUUGAACGAAGAAUUAUUUUUUACAUGUAUGCACAAAUGUAAGAUGCCUUGCUCGAGAGACAGACGUCGUGCUUAUGAAAAUCGACGAAAAAUUGUAACAAAUAUUUGUGUGAAUAUUUAUGUGGCAGAAAAAAAUGGAAAAGAAAGAUCGAUUUUCAUUGGCAGAUUAUUAUAAUAUUGUUGGUUAAGCCUCUCUCCCUCUCCUUCUCUCUUUCUUUCUCUUUGUCAUAUACAGAAACACAUACAUACAUACAUACAUACGCACACAUAAACAGAGAACACAUACAUACACACAGCGGAAUAAAAAUGAUCAGGACUUCCCCUGUGCCUAAAUAUCGUUCGCAGGUUAGAACCUGUGUCGUAGAAAAAACGUGUAAAUCGAAAACAACGAUGACGAUAAUGAUAAUGAUAAUGAUAAUGACGACGAUGACGAUGAUGAUGAUGAUGAUGAUGAUGAUGAUGAUGAUGAUGACGAUGAUGACGAUGACGAGAACAAUUGUAAGGUUAAUGAUCGUUGAAGAUGAACAAUAAGAGAGAUGAAGACAAAAAGAAGAAGAUUAGAAAGAAAAAAAAAAAAAAGUAAAAGAAGAGAAAAGAAGCUACAAGAUAACAAGAUUAUCGUGAGAAACGUGAUCUGCCAAUUAGUUAAGGAAUUCAGACUACGAGGAAGACGAGAGUACCUCAGAAUUAUUUUUAUAUUAUUUGCUCAAAUGUAUGUGUACUGUAAGAUGCGCGAAAUGCAACGUUAAGAUCGAUGACGAAAUAUCCUACGUCGUCGUAAGGAACAAAGAGAAUUUUUUUUUCAUGGAGCGACGUUGAAAAAACGAUGUCAACGCGUUUGUUGCUUUAAACAAAAAAGAAAGAAAGAAAGAAAGAAAGGAAAGCAACAACAACAAGAGAUAGAAAGUAUCUAUGAAAGAAGAAGAAGAAGAAGAAGGAAAAAUAAAAAAUAAAUGAUAGAACGAUGUAAGAUGUUCUCGAUAUUGGUCUACAAAUAUUUUACCAAUAUUUGAAUACGCUCUGGUUUCGGUUAUGGAUAUAUUAUGAUGUGAAUGUAAAUAAAGUUUGUUAUUCGAGGUGUUUAA